AUGGAUCAUUUGAAAAUAUGGGGUGAAGAGUUAAGAUUGUCAAGUGAUGAUAUUGAUAACAAUGAAAUAAAACAAGAAGAAGAAUCUGAUCUUGUAGAUGAAGGUGAAGAAGACAUUGAAGUGGAUGUUACAAAUGAAUUUUUCACCGAUAUGGUAUUCAAUUCACGUCAAUCGUUAAUUGAAUGGGUGCAGAAUACUGGACGUAAUUUGGGUUUUCUUAUUGUUACUAAAAGAGUGAAAGGGAUGAAAUUGAAGACAGAUGAUGAUUGGAUUGUAAGAGUAGUGUGUGGAGUGCAUAACCAUUCUGCGGCAUUAUAUAUGGAGGGUCAUUCAUAUUUCGGUAAACUUUCUACUGCUGAAAAAGAAAUAUUGGUAGAUAUGUCAAAGAAUUUGGUGAAGUCACAGAACAUCUUUAAUGAUGAGACGAAUCAGCUUGAAGAAUUAUUCUUUGCACAUCCAGGCUCGUUAGAACUAUUGCGUGCAUUCCCGCAUGUGUUACUGAUGGAUGCUACAUAUAAAACUAAUAGGUUCAAAAUGCCUCUAUUUGAGAUUGUGGGCGUGACUUCAACGAAUAUGACAUUUUGCAUAGGAUUUGUUUUCUUGCAAUCAGAAAAGGAGGACAAUUAUACUUGGGCACUGAAUUGUUUGCGGUCAACAAUGGAUGAAUGA